AUGCAAUCUAAUCAAAUAGUUGCAGUUCAAGGGGGCUCACAAGGAGGAGUCCUGUAACAGCUAGGGCAAAGUCAGAACUAGCAGAAUUAAGGGGCUCAAUCAGGAGUGCAGUUAUUCCCCAGAUUCAUUUUUGGAGUAAAAGGUGAUGUGAAGAACAACCUAUUCUACUUAGAUGAUCAGAGAGUGCUUUACCCCGCAGGUCACAACGUUAUUAUCUACAACACGGAUGAGAAGACACAAGUCUACAUUCCAGGUGUCGAGGGAUCAGAAGGAAUUACAGCUACAACUGUCAGUCCAUCAAAGAAAUUCGUGGCCAUCUGUGAGAAAUCAGAGAGAGCUAUCUGCCUAAUCUGGGAUAUCUCAGGUGUUGCUGCAAACCCUAUUGUAGCUCCAAAGAGAAAGAAGGUGCUUACCUCAACCGAUUAUCUAGCCAAGGAAUUCAUUUCAGUAGCUUUUGCUCCAUCAAACGAGAAGUCUUUGUUAGCUACUUUGACUGGGGAACCUGAUUGGAAAAUCAUUCUCUGGAUGUGGGAUAAGUAGAAAUGCUUUACUUAUCAGUAAGUUGGAGUCACUGGUAAUAUGCUGGUCAAUCAGUGUUCUUUCAGCAACCAAGAUCACAACAUUGUUCUGGUUACAGGCAAUAACACCUAUAAAUUCUACAGAGUAUAAGAGAACAAUUCACUUAAAGCUACUCAUACCUAAAUAGUCAAGAAAGAGGCUCAUAUCUCAAAUAAUUUCACUUGCCACACUUGGCUACCAGAUGGUAGAUUGAUUGUCUGUACAGAUCAAGGUGAGAUUAUGCUUUUGGAAAGUAGCGGAGAUUAUAAGAUGCUUCUUGCUGAAAGUCCAGGAGAAGGAUUCUUCAUCGAAUGCAUCAUCACUUAUUCUAAAGGUUUCAUUAUCGCUGGCGACAAUGGUCAAAUCAUGAUUUAUGAGAAAUCUGAGGAACCUAAAAACCCAUAUCACAGAAUAGCCACGCUUCCCUCAAGUACUGACAGCAAAUAAGAGAAGGACUAUCCCUAACUUUAAGCAGGUAUUAUGUCAUCAAGAGUGAGAUCUCUUGGACUUUCUAGCUCAGAGGAUAAUUUAAUUUUCACAACUGAAAACAAUCAAUUACUCAAGGUCACAAUUAACAUUGAAAGACCAUCAGAUGAUGCUAAAUACGAAUACCUGAUAUUCCCAUUCCAUUCAAGAGCUAUUCAUGGCAUGGAUGUCUGUAUCAAAAAGCAUUUGGUUGGUACUUGCAGUAUUGAUAAAACUGUAAGAAUUUGGAACUAUCAGCAAAAGACUCUUGAGAUCUGUGAGACAUUCUAGGAUGAAGCUUUUAGUUUAGCAUUCCAUCCUUCAGGUUUCCAUAUUAUUGUCGGAUUCACAGAUAAAGUUAGAAUGAUGAAUGUCUUCCAGAAAAGCUUAAAGACAUUCAAAGAAAUCCCAAUCAAAGGAUGUAGAGAGAUCAAGUUUUCAAAUGGAGGCCAUUUAUUUGCUUGUACAAAUUAGCACAGUAUUAAUGUUUACAAGUUUUAUACUGCUGAAAAUCCUCCUGAAUUCCAAUAUAAAGGUCAUAUUGGUAAAGUAAGAUGCAUCUAAUGGCUUGAUGAUGACUCUGGAUUUAUCUCAGGUGGUUGGGAUGGUAGUGUCUUCAUGUGGAAACUAUAUGCUGAUUAAAGCUCUGGAAGAGACGGAAACGUUAAAGAUGGAAACCCAGUAUUCGAGUUUAAGCUAAAGAAUGUGAACUUCUCCUGCGUUGCCAAUAAACCAGACUCUAAGACUGUUGUUUUUGCUGUUGGCACUGACAAGACUAUCAAAGAAAUUAAUGGCAAUAAAGAGGUAUUCCCAAGAUAUGAUGCUAACUCAAACAUCUCUUAGAUUGUUUUGAUGCAUGGUGCCAGAGCGUUCUUUGCAGGCAUAGCAGAAGAUGAUAAACCUGGAUCAAUUCAAGUUCUUAAAUAUCCAUUCGAGCCUAAUAAGUCAUUUGAAGUUCAAGCUCACAGUUUACCAGUUGAGAGACUAAGAAUCAGUUUUGAUAAUUAAGUUCUAUUCUCAGCAGGCUAAGAUGGUCUUUUCUGCAUCUUCGAUAUCAAAGAUAAAGAUCCAAAGGGUAAAAAAGAAAAGGAUAACAUCUAAAUCAACUACUCUGAGGAGAUUCUAAUUCAAAAGGCUGAAAGAGAUAAGUUCUAAGCUGACAUUGAACACUUAAAGCAGAGUAUUGAAUAGCUCAGAAUUAAUAAUGAGAUCAAGAUUGAGCACGAGCUUAGCAAGAAAAAUCAAAGAAUAUCUAGUCUUUAGAUGGAGAUUGAAAAUAAGGAAAUUGAAAACAGAAAUAGGUAUGAGGCUCUCCUAGACUCAAAGAAAGAAAUGGAGAGAAUGAACGAAGAGAAAAUCUCACAGAUGACCUAGACUUAGGUUCUUGAACUUGAGAGAAGAAAGUAGGAUUACAAUGAUAAAAUGGAAGCUGAUGCUCUCAGAUAUUAGGAGCUUCUCAACUAGAAAUAAGAAGAAGCAGAAAAAUUUGAGCAGAGACUAAGUGAACUUUUUAUGCAUCACAAAAAGAUUAUCAAAGAAUUGCAGUCAGAAUAGAAGAUUGAACUAGAACAGUAAAUCAAAGAGACAAACAGACUUAAGGAAGAAAUUGAAAAAAUGAUGAAAGAGCACAAAGAUCAAAGAGAUAAGAUUGAGAAUGAUGCUUGGGACAGAAUCGACUAGAUAAAAGAAAGAAACAAGGAAGAGCUUGCUAAGAUUAUUGACGCUGGAAUGCAAUCAAAGGCAAACUUAACUCUGAUUACAAACGAUUAUAAGGAAGCGAAAUCUAAAAAGGAAUAAUUACAGAGAGAUAUUCAUGAAAAAUAAACCAAGUUAAAUGACUUAAUUCAGCAAACAAACAGCUUAAGACAGCAGAUCUAAUCCUAGAAAGGCGAGUUGAAAGAAAGAGAGACUACAAUUAAGGAUAAAGACAAACGUAUCUAUGACUUAAAGAAGAAAACUCAAGAAUUAGAAAAAUUCAAAUUCGUGCUUGAUUACAAAAUCAAGGAACUUAAAAGAGAUAUCGGGCCAAGAGAACUUGAGAUUUAGAAGCUGAAUGAACAAACUAAUAAGAUGAGAUAGGAGCUAAAGCACUUCAAUAGAGUUAACUAAAACUUGGCACUUAUCGUUGACGAUCUUAGAAUGAGACAAGAGGGUCUUACCAACGAAGUCUAGAAUCUAAGAUAAUAACUUGAAGAACAGGAGAGCUAUAAGAAGAAAUUUAAGGAUGAUGUUUUUGAGUGUCUUCAUCAUAUUGCUGAUUUCAAGAAGCUCAAGAAAGGUGUUAUUAGACUCCACAAGAAAUAUGUCAAGGAAGAAGUUAAAAACGAACAGGGAGAUACAGAUCUUCAUAGAGAAUAUGCAAAUAAAAGAAGAUACCUUGAAAAUAACGUUAACUACCUUAGACAAAUGCUCCAAAAGGAUUAAGAUGUUCAUAAGCAAGAGAAUUCAAGAAUUAUGAAGGAAAACGUUACUUUGCUACAAGAAAUCAAUGAUUUGAGGAAAGAAGUCCAUACUUUAAGACAAAAGCUGAAGUAGAUUGGACAAGCAGAAAAUACGAUGGGAUCAACUCAAAGAUCUAACAAUGAAAUGUCAAUGAGAAGCAUGGGCAAAGAUCAGAAUACUGUUGGAGACAUUUAGAAAGAACUCAAGCUUUAGGACAUUUAGAUCACUGAGUUACAGAAACAAAUUUUCGAGCUAGAAGAGAUGAAUGAAAUGAUAAGAAACCAAAGACCAAGAGUAGGAAAACUCCCACCACUCGAAACUUCAUAACAAAUGGAGUAAUAGUUCGAUUAAGAUGUCGGACAGUACGAGGAUGAGGAAGAGGACAAACAUAGUCCUUUACAAGCUCAACCAACUAAUAACCAGGAAGGUCAACCAUAACAGAUUUCUCAAUAAUAGGAUGAAUCACCUGACAGAGAAUACGAUUAAUGA